UUUUUACCACACUUCAUAAUGAAUAUGUUUUGAGUAAAAAGAGUUGUGAAAGAUAGUUUAACAAAAAAGAUUUACAUAAAGCGGAACGUUUCUAUUCCCGUUUCUGCACGGAAGCUGUAUCGGCUGAACAAAUUUCUGUUGCCACAGUGAAAUGUGUCCGACAAAGAAAUGUACCCGUUGAUUGAAUCGAAGUUUGAGAAGUUUUUUUGCUCGUUAACUCUCAAAUUUGUGUUCGCAUAACGCUUAAUAAAUGCACGUAAUGUUAGAUUAAUGUUAGUUUAAACCACCUUGUUAGAAAUAUGACCUUUAAAAAGACUUCUGUGACGUUUGUGCUGUUUUUACUGGCAGUGGCAGAUGAAUUCCUUGCUCUCCCAGCAGCAGAUGAGAUGGUGAAUAUCCCAGGAGGGAGGAUGUUAAUGGGAACCAGUGCAGCUGAUGGGAGAGAUGGAGAAUCACCCAGCAGGGAGGUCAAAGUUCAGCCCUUUGAAAUGGAUAAAUACCCCGUUACUAAUGCUGAAUUCAGAGACUUUGUCAGAGCCAAGAAAUACAAAACUGAAGCCGAGACGUUUGGUUGGAGUUUCGUGUUUCAGGACUUUGUGCCGGAGGAGCUGAAAAGCAAAGUCACACAGAGGAUCGAGUCUGCUCCCUGGUGGCUGCCUGUGGAGCGAGUGUCUUGGAGGCAGCCUGCAGGACCUGGCUCAGGGAUCCGGGAGCGCCUGGGCUUCCCGGUGGUUCAGGUGAGCUGGAACGACGCUCAGGCGUUCUGCAGCUGGAAGAGCAAGAGACUUCCCACUGAGGAGGAGUGGGAGUGGGCUGCACGAGGAGGGCUGCAAGGUCGGACGUAUCCGUGGGGAAACAAGUUCCAGAGCAGCAGAACCAACCUGUGGCAGGGAUCGUUUCCAGAUGGAGACACAGCAGAGGACGGAUACCACGGAGUCUCUCCUGUCACAGCAUUCCCUCCACAGAACAGCUACGGCCUGUAUGACCUGCUGGGGAACACGUGGGAGUGGACGUCCUCGCCGUUUCCUGCAGCUCAGACGAUGUUCGUGCUGCGUGGCGGCUCCUGGAUCGACACGGUGGACGGCUCGGCCAAUCACAAGGCUCGAAUCACAACCAGGAUGGGAAACACUCCUGACUCGGCCUCUGAUAACCUGGGCUUCAGGUGUGCUGCCAGCGAAGGACACGGAGGGAAGAACAAGCACAACACUGAGCUGUAGAGGAAAAAACAAGAAGUGAGAAAUAUAAACUGGUAUCAACUCGUCACACAUGAUUGUGCAGCUGGUCGAUUGCAGAAAGAAUCAGACGUUGGUUUAAAUUCAAGAGAAAACUUUCAUCACAGGAAGAUCGUCUCCAUCAAUCUUUUCUCGUGAGAAUCUUCAGAAUGUUCAGAGAAACACGACUCUACAAUUGAAUAGGAUUUUACUCAUUUUGAAUAGUAAUUAAUAAUAAUAAUAAUAGAAGGUCAAUAUGUGGCUGUCUGGGUGAUAUUUUUUGCAACAAAAAAAAUUCAAUGGAUGAAAACACUGAUGAGAACUUUACUUCAAAAAGUAUCUUCAUUUUAUUUCUACUUUUCUCUGCAGUUUAUUCUUGAUGCUGCUGAAAUAAGUCAGAAUUAGGGCUGGGCGAUAUGGACCAAAAGUCAUAUCCCGAUAUAGUUAGGCUGAAUAUCCAUAUACAAUAUAUAUCCCGAUAUCGCAAAGUGGGAGCAAAUGUUCAGUCAAAGUCAAAUAUGACAUGUCACAAGUAGUUUUAUUGAAACUGUUUGUUUAAGUGAACAUAAAUACUGUAUAUAUAUAUAACUGUUUAAAUCCAAGCUCCAUAAAGUGCACAUUUAAAUAAAAAAAUAUCUUAAAUAAAAGCCACAGCUUGCCUGGAGCAAGGAUCACAGUGCAAAGUUGAACUAUAUCGAUAUAUGCGAUAUGGUCUAAUUCCAUAUCACAUUUAAAAUGAUAUCGAUAUAUCUUUUAUAUGGAUAUAUGCCCAGCCCUAGUCAGAAUAAGUCAGAUGUGUUAUGUGCAUUAUUUUUGAAAAUAUGUGUCAAUCUUUACAUGCUCUAGAGUUGAAAAUGUAACAAAAAAUUGCAUAAAAGUCACAAUAUUGAAUCGCCUUAUUUGCAAAAAUCGCAGCACAUGAAUGGAAUUGUCACCAAAAUAUUGUGACAGUAUCAGUCAGCAGAAAAAAUUAUCUUCUCUGCACUGAAAAAUACAAUAAUGUAUUUUUAAACCACCAAAAAGGGACCAAGUUUGUAAUUUACUAACGAUGAACUUUGAUGACUGAAGCUGAAUUUCUCCUGUGGAGAAUUUAAAGAAUAAACACAAACUUACUAAUAACUAACAUCCAAGAAAUAAACUUUUUUUUAAAA